GUGCCUGGAUUCUUUUCCUAUAGGCUGGAAAGGAUUUGCAGACUGUGCUGGCACCAGAACUGCUUGUGUCCUUGACUUCCUGGUGUCUUAAGACGAUCCAUAAACAUAAUCGUGGAUUCUAACUCAUCUAUAAAGAAUUCGUCAAUUUUUUAUUGAAGGAAUAAUUCAACAUUUUGGGAAAUACACAGACCCUGACCUCUUUUUAUGAAGCUUUACCACCAAUAACAUGAAGAAAAUGGUGCAGCUCCACCAGACUUUCCCCCUCCCCCAACUGUAUGUUACAGACGUUCAAGCUCUUGCGUGUCUUCGGACAAUAAAGAGACAUGAUCUACAGGUAACAUUAAAAGCCCCUCAACAUUCACAUCAUCCACAUUCUCACAUUCUGCUUCUCAGUGACAGAGAACCUUUUAAUCACAGUCUGACUGUAUCAGUCCCCAUCAAGAGACGGCUGAAGAUUGAGCAAAGCCUCAGGUCGGAAAACUUAGCUGCUGUGCAGCUGUUGCUCCCACUCAAGCAUCCUAGCACCGCCACCACUACCCCCACCCCAACACACACUGACAACGUGUGAGACACACCCAAGGACAUAUGCCUCGGACUUAGAGAGCACAGUCACACCACCAGCACCAAUUGAGAUGUUUGAAUCGGUGCCCCGGAUUCCUCGCUGCCGUGGUGCUUGAGAGAUGUUUAGCAAUGACUGCUGUGCCGGCGACGCCGCUGCUCAAACAUGAUUAAAUUUGAAUAGCGACUAAAACACUCUGGAAUAAUGCAUUCCUAAAGAUGAAUUUAUGAUGAGUUUCUGUUUUUCAUUUCUUACUAAAGAGCUUGCAAAGUACGUGGUCAACAGUGAAGUCACCCCAGAGAUUCCCUCGGUGCAUUUCAUAUCAGAAGGACUGAUUGGAGUCAGUGAAAGUGGUUGUCAAGGCAGUCUUAGUGUUGGCUUAUCUAGUGUUCAGUCUUAACACGUGUUUAGUCGAUAGUCAUUCACUGGGGAGGCAUUGAUCUGUAGGACUUGGUCUGUUUUCUCUUUCUCUUAUCUCGGCACUGAACAACUGCAACAAUUACCCGUCACUAAUCAGUGCUGGGCUCCUCACUAAAGACAGAAACUGAUCAUACUGCAUUUCUCUUCUCAGACAGUGCUGGUAACCUCAUUUAUCUCUCACUUUUUAUUAAUGGAUAGGUCAUAUUUCGUCCUCCAUUUGAUACAAGACUUAAACUCUUUCAGGUCUAAGGAUCUAAGGCUAGAUUUAUUUUUGUCAUAUUCAAGAUCAUAGUAGUCUAAAAACUUCUGCUAUAUAAAAACAAAAUCUCAAAUUUGAAGGGCGGGGGGUGUUCAAGCUGAAAUUUAAAUUCCAGUUUCAGUGCUUACUAUUUUAUAGCUUUGUCACAUGGAGACUCUAAAACCUUCAUACACUUCAGUACACAAAAUAUUAAUGCAAGCUCUUUGUCAAUCAAUAUUACAGUAACACAUUCUAACAGGGAAUCCUUUAUAAAGUUGUAAUCAGUGGCUAUUAAGUGUCAUUAAUUAUUUGUAGAGCAGUAUAAUCAGCUUAUGCACAACUGCUUUGGGUACAAUGAAUGUCAAACACUAUACUGUCUUUAUUUCUGCAGCUUUUUAAAAUUUCAGCAGUGAUCCAAAAUGAAAAUUUAUUCAAUCAUUAAUACCUCGAGAAAAAAUUGAAGCAUUUGUUGGAAAAGUCAAUCAACAAAAUGUGGGACAGAACAUGGAAGGUUCAAUAUGGAACAGAGAGAACAAAAAUUAACUUGUUAACAGUUAAUCUUAUUCUUGACGUCUCCCCCGAUACCAUUAACUUUGAUUUGGUGCGGCUUCUGCAGUGAUGCAGGCGCAGCGCCGGUCCAUCGUGUCCAUCUCCGUCCCAACCCUCACCUAUGGUCAUGAGCUCUGGGGAGUGACCGAAAGAAUGAGAUCGCAGGUACAGGCGGCCGAAAUGAUUUUCCUCUGUGGGGUGGCUGGGCUCAGCCUUAGAGAUAGCGUGAGGAGCUCGGACAUCUGGAGGGAGUUCGGAGUAGAGCUGCUGCUCCUUCGCGUCGAAAGGGAUCAGUUCAGGUGGUUCGGGCAUCUGAUCAGGAUCCUCCUGGGCGCCUCCGUUUAGAGGUGUUCCAGGCACGUCCCACUGGUAGGAGGCCCCGGGGCAGACCCAGAACACGCUGGAGGGAUUACAUAUCUCAUCUGGCCUGGGAACGCCUUGGGAUCCCCCAGGAGGAGCUGGAAAGCGUUGCUGGGGAGAGGAACGUCUGGGGUGCUUUGCUCGACCUGCUGCCCCCACAACCCGGCCCCGGAUAAGCGGGUGAGAAUGGAUGAAUGGAUACAACACACGCACAAGAGUUCUGGGGGGGCACUUGGUCGUCAAAACUUCGUCAGAACUUUGAGAAGUUUUUUUGUUUCAAAAUGGUCUGUUUAGCUGUUAAAUUUCUAAAAAUUUCUCUUGGGGUAAAUUCCCCCCAGGCCCCCCUCGAGGGCUGGGUCCCCCCAGUGUUAAAUUAGUAGUUACGGCCCUGCUGUGGCAGCACUUUAAUUUAUCUGUGUAUCAAAUAUAUUAGUUAAAGGGGUUUUCCACAACCUGGAUACCCGAAAGCUGUUUUUAAUUAAUGCCUUGUUAUCUGUUAACUAUUAAUAAAGACAUUAGUUAUAAGUUGUAAACCCCUCAGACUGUAGAGGAUGAAAGACCCAUCCCGUAGGCUGAUAUUUUUAAAAGCCAUUAUGUUCACGCCGGGUCCCGUUCAGACAAAGGUAUGAUGCGUGCCACACCUUGUUGCCAUACCCAGUUGCCUCCCGUUAUGUGGCCACUUGGUAGUGCAGUGCGCGUCUUGGACACGGCGCUGCGCUCUCGGCGCUCCGCCGCUCUGCUCGUCUGAAAGCACACCCCGCCCUCCCUCCACCUCCAUCUCCACCUCAACCAGCGCCGAAACCGCACCACAGGAGGAGAGAAGACAUUCAUCUGCGCCUUUCAUAGUAACCGAGCCGCGCCGUCCCCAGCCAGACCUCUCACCCAGGGCUCCAGCUUCUCUGACCGAUCCGUCCCGGAGGUGCGCCCCGCUCAUCCGCCCGCCCGCCACCAGCUCCACUCCGAUUCGCUCCGUUCCGCUCCGCGUCGGGCCGGUCCGAUCGCUUCCCCCUGGAGAACAGUUUAUUCCCUGGAAGCUGGAUGAAUUAUUGGAGAGUUGUGAACAAGUGCGAGAAGACAGCUGAGGCUCGGGAUCUGCCUCAUCGCGCCGUCCGGGGAAGACGAGACUCAGCCAGAGUUGUGGACGAUAAUGGAGGGGACGUCCCUGUAUCUUCCUAUUGUAAUUUUACUGAUGCAAUGUUCCCCGUCCGCUCCUGUCACCGUGUCGACCAACAAACACAAGGUGGAGGUGCAGGAGUUCUCAGACGCAGUGCUGUCCUGCACGUUCCGCACAGAGAGAGACCCGAACCCACGCAUCGAGUGGAAGAAAAAGGGGAAAGAUGUUUCCUUUGUGUACUUUGAUGGACACUUCAAAGGUCCCUUUGAGGGCCGAGCGACCAUUGACGGGGCCACUGUGACGCUGAGAGGGGUGACCCAGGAGGACGCUGGGGAGUACCGCUGUGAGAUCAGUGCUCCUCAUGACUCCGUCAACCUGGGCGAGACCAAUGUAACGCUCAAAGUCCUGGUGCCCCCUCAAACCCCGUCCUGUGAAAUCCCCAGUGGGGCGGUGACAGGCUCAGUGGUGCGGCUGCAUUGUAGGGACCGGCACAGCAUCCCGCCUGCGACAUACUCCUGGUACAAGGACAACCAGCAGAUCAGCCCGCCACGCAAUGCCAACGCCACCUAUCUAAUCAACUCACGCACAGGAGUACUGGAGUUUAAAGCAGUAGCCAAAGAGGACACCGGUCGAUACAGCUGCCUGGCUUCGAACGGAGUGGGACUGCCCAAGAUGUGCGAGGGCAAGCACAUGACGAUAGAGGACGUCAACGUCUCGGCCGUGGUGGCAGCUGUGGUGGUGGUCUGCCUGGUCAUUGUGAUCUGCGGAUGCGGGGGACUCGUCUUACACCGCAACGGUUUCUUCAGCCCAGGACACAGAGGAAGGUCAUUUUGGAUCUCCCAGUGUCAUGGUGCAGCCCACAUCAGCAGCCAAACCCUGCACAGAACUGAGGACACGUCCAAUGUCAACUACAUCCCUCCGCCCCAAGAACCCCAGGAUUUCAAACACACCCAGUCAUUCAUGCUCUGAGAAGCUGGCCUUCCUUUGAGAACACAUCGCCCUCAUGAUAAGGUGCCAAACACUGGAUUUAUUAUCUCUCUGGACUCUGAAUGAGCUCUUCAUCUUCCAGUACAUGCUAAUUUCAAUCUUGUUCCUCUACCACUCCUUUUUGGAUGGCAAGGCUUCUUCUUCCUCUCUUUCUUUGCAUUGUGUGGGUCGCCUCAGUCAUUGACGUUUUCUGCUCUUAUGGGAUUAAGUACAGUUUUGUGGCGUUCUGCUCCCCCCUGGUGGUCAGAUGAAGAAAUUCCAAUUGAUCUUUUCUGAAUGAUCCAGGGACCAGUGGAGCUUUCUACACACUUUGUUUCCUCCCUCUGCGGGCCAAUUGUUUAAACUACCGUUGCUUUUUGUUUUCUACCAAAGACUGACUGUUUAAUUUAAGGGAUUCAUUUGUUUUAUUUUAAAAGAGGGAAUUCUGCUUAAAGCCAUAGAGAAAGCAUUGUUUUCAAUCUACUCAAACGAAAAUGCAGUUUACCUCAGCGUCUGCCAAUGUUUUGUCUUCUGUAACACUGGGGUCCCAAGUUUCCCACGGGCCCCGCAAGAUCCCCAUGAUCUUAGUAACAACACGACACCAGACAAAGCCAGUCCAGGACAACAGGAAGCCACUUCAGCUGAUUAUAUUGAGACCAACCCCGUUCCAUCCUAAUGUGCCUGCAUGGUCUUUUUAUAUAUAAACAUACACAUAUACAUAUAUAUAUAUAUAUAUACCUUGUGCCUUUUUAAUUUGUCUGUCAUAUUUAUCUAAGGAUCUCACUUUUUUGUAAAGAACUUGCCUUACUUUUUUCUGUCUUUAUAUUUUUGUGCCACUGUUUGUCAACGUUUUAUCAAAAUGGAGUGUCUGUUUUUAGACAGUGUGUGAAUGGGUUGUUCAGAGUUUUAUUUGAAUGGUGUAUCAGUAAUAAAAGGGUUUUCUAUUCAA